AUGCGAGAAAUCGAUCCAUUACUUCAAGACCUCCGAAUUUACGUCACAAGAUUCCUUCGAUCCACAGAAAACAACGCCGUUACAAUUUUUAGCACCAAUAUACUCCAUCUCCUAACUAAGAUAUUGAACGGUGAAGUUUCUAUCUUGGAAUUUGCACAACUGAUCUACUUGAUCAAUUUUGAAAGCGAUCGUCAAAUUUGGUCCUAUGUCAUUCUAAUUGCCGACCUACUCACCCAGAUAGCUCCUCCAAUACUUCCAGACUUACAAAUCCCUAUGACUGAGGAGAAGAGAUCGACGACAACUCUAUUGCGGAACGUCGCAGAACAACACGGGUAUGAUAGUACCUCAGAUGCCCUUCAAGAGGCACUUAGGGCCGAGCUUACAUACAAUACCUAUAAAUCUGUCGAUAAAUUCUGGGAGGUGAAUUUCGAAAAUAAAAGCUGGUAUGGUCUAACCACUCAAAUUUGGGAGAGAUAUCGCGACAGGGGUCAAUGUGGAAAUGACUACGUAUUCAGUGACAACAUGAGUGAUCACGCAAUGAAAGAUUGGUUCGAAGCUUUCUAUAGGAUAUACUUGGAACCAUACAAAUUCCAACCAACAAAUUACAGUGAGCUUCCUACAGCUAGAAACCCCAACGAGUUUGUCCGCGGAAAAUUUACUUUUGAUUCUACUGCAAUUCAGAUGGAAGGUAGUCGAUGUAAUCGGCAAGUGGAUGUAUACGUUGAGCAUUCCGAUAACCCUGAUGGAUGGGGUCAUCACUGGAGGGACGUGAGGGUAGUGGGCGAGUUUACGAAGGCGGCAGCCAAAAAGGGGUUUAAAUUCCACCAGCUCAUGCUGUACGUGCGUGAAGUAUUCUACGCGCAGCCAUUGCGUCGAUUCGUCCACGGAUUUGUCUUGCACAAGAAGCACAUUGUUUUCUGGAUUGUCGACAGGUCAGGAGCGUAUAGCUCUAGUGAAAUUAACGUGAUCAAUGACCAAGAAAAGUUGGUCCGGGCCCUUUCGGCAUACACGAUCAUGAGUGACAAAGAGCUUGGCCUUGGCACGACUAUCUGCUGUCAUAACAGACGCAACUUUGUCAAAAUUUGA